AGGAAGGUUGAACUUUACACGACCCGCGUGCGAUUCAAGGGUUCGCUCCCAUCCACUACGCGACACCUAAUCCCUGCCUAAUCCUACGCGAUGCCCCCUUCUCUGGACAUACGAGGCGAUAUUGCUGCUGCACAACUUGCCUUCUACGCGCCAAUUGCUAUCAUAACAUUCUUCCUCACCGUUCGUCAUGCAUUCGAGAAGGAUGCAGGCUUCUUCUUCCUAUUCUUCUUCUCCAUCAUACGUAUAACUGGCGGAGCACUUAUUAUUGCUGCUGAACUAGUCCAACCAUCGGUUCUCGACCUUUUCAUCGCCGCAUACAUCUUGUUUCCUGUUGGUUUGGCUUUUCUUAUGCUUGCCUUUGUUGGAUUCCUGGGUCUAGCCGGGCAACAUACCGUCUCUGAAUACCGGAGGACAAUGUAUCUUCUACGGUUAAUAGCAUUCAUUGCUGUAGUCGCUCUUGCUCUCAGUAUCGCCGGUGGUCUACUUGGCACUCAUAUUAAUCCCGAUGCCCACACAGGCCUCAUCCUAAGACGUGUAGCUGCAGGUAUAUACGGCGGGACAUUUGUUCUGCUGGUUGGAGCGACGUUCAUGAGCUGGUCCUAUUCGUAUCUGAUGAGAUCAUACCGGAGAAACCUUCUUGGGGGACUUACGCUGGCCCUGCUCCCUUUGGGCGUCAGAGCUGCGUAUGCAAUCUUAGAUGCCUGGUCUUCAUCCGAUAUCUUUGGCUCCGAACCUUCCUCCAACUCCACCCUGGCACAACUGAAUCCUAUAACUGGAAAUUUCAUUUUCUACCUCAUCCUAGGACUAGUGAUGGAAUAUAUUGUGGCUCUCAUCUGCCUUUUCUUCAGCACUAUUGGAAUGCAACGUCGUCAUCGUCGCCACCGUUAUUGAACGAGUCGGAAGGAGAAGAUUCACGAAAUUUAUGGAUGCUUUAUGAAUAUAUGAUGAUCUGUACGCGGACGAGCUGGACACUCGGCGUUUAGGGUCAUUUCUUAGGACAUGUCAUGCUCGACGAUAUCGUAAGUUGCUGUAUACGAACACCUUUGUAUCUGUAGUCAAUUUCCCAAU